UCGAUGUUGCGGGGUGCGGACGCAGUUCGCGUUGCUAAUGAGACGAAGAUGGAGGCGGUGCCGGUGGAUCAAGGUGGAGCAGCAGAAUUGGCACCUUGCAAAAUUUGUGGACGAACUUUUUUGCUACCAGUGCGGUUAAAGCAUGAGCCUAUCUGCCAAAAAAGUGCUAAUAAGAAAAGGAAGACCUUUGACUCCAGUAGGCAGCGAGCUGAAGGAACUGAUAUUCCCACCUUAAAACCGCUGAAACCCAGGCCUGAGCCUCCCAAAAAACCCUCAAACUGGAGAAUGAAACAUGAAAAUUUCAUUGCCACCAUCAGAGCAGCCAAAAAAAUGAGUCAAACGAUGAAAGAUGGAGGUUCCCUUCCACCACCACCACCACCUUUAUAUGAUCCAGAUUAUGUCCAGUGCCCAUACUGCCAGAGAAGAUUUAAUGAGAAUGCUGCAGACAGACACAUUUCUUUCUGCAAAGAACAAGCUGCUCGCAUUACCAAGCCUAAACAUGCUAGUAGCAAAGGGAAACAAAGCACUCCAACACAGCAUCGGUCUCCAGUGCUUAAGAAGACUAACUCACCAGUCUCAACACCUGGUGCAUCAACACGGAUUCCCCAGCCUUCUGUGGGUGGGAAAAGUGGAUUUUCUGCCACCAAAAGUAACCUAACAGCAACCUAUGAAAAUAAACUUCGUAAUGGAUCACCAGCAAAACGGAGCUCACCUGCUGUUGGUAAUAUAGCUGGAGCAUUAGUUCAACCAACUGGAGGUUUACCCAGUAAUAUCAGAUCUCGAACACAAACACCACCAAGUGGAAUGAGAAACGUUGCUGGAACGAGCUCAGUGAACAAAAAGACCUACAAUGCAGAAAACUACAUAAGGAAUAGUGUGAAAUCUGGUUCAGACAGCAGGGACAGUUCCCUGCACUUUAAUGAUGGAAUCAUGAAAGCCAAUGUUAGAAGUUCAGCUGGACAGCAAUUGCCAAGAUUUUGUCAUGAAUGUGGAACCAAGUAUCCUGUCGAGUGCGCAAAGUUCUGUUAUGAAUGUGGAGUGAGAAGGAUGACCCUUUGAUCAUGCAGUAUAAAUACAUUCAAGGAAAACAUGUUGAUGCAAUUUUCAAAGCUUGUCACUCUUAAGCUUUGCACUGCUCAAUGAUACAUGACCAGGUUUAAGCAACUGUCUGAAAACUUACAUAAAUGCAUCUUGUAAUGGCAAAGUACUUUAAUCUCUGAAUUCUGUGCUGUGCAAAGUAGAAAAUGUGAAAUAGUAAGAUUCACUGAUUUGAAGAUAAAUCCCUUUUUGCUGUGUUGUUUACAGUUGGCAGUCAGAUUAUAGCAGAAUUCUUGAUUUCUGUUCACUUAACUGCACUAAAAUUGCAGUCAGCCUGGUGCCUUCACCAUGAAUCUUAGGCUGGGAGAAGGAAAGCAUGUAGUCAAUGAGUGUUUACUGUAUGUAUUGUAAAGAAAGUUUCUCUAGUCAGGUAAAAGAACAUUCAGCAUCUUUUGUGUCUAGUAAUUUGCAUAAUAAUAGUUAAAUGAAGAAAUUAAACAAUUUAAUUGGGAUGGGAAGGAAGAAAACUUACCCCUAUUUUUACUUGUGGCUCAGCAUUGAGUUUUCACCCAAAGAAGACAACAAACCAGCCAUUCAUUGAAUACAUUAUAAAUUUGGCAAACCAAGUGGAAACAUUCUGUCGAUUAAUAAAGAACAAUUAAAACUGAACAUAUAAUAUGAACAUUACAGCUCACGAGUUAAUAGGAGUUGUGAGCUUGCUCAGCAAGUAUGUGUAAAACCAAGUCUAAGUGUUACCUCAUUUAUCUAUUCGUUACUUUAAAAAUACGAGUCACAUUAUUGUACAAAAUUAUUUUAAAAACAGCAAAUUAUGCAAAGACAAAAUUACUGGAGUUUGAAGUGUUUGUGGAUGUUUUCAGUAUAAAAUGUAUUAUGUUAGUGAUUGUAUAUAGCUUUUAGGUUGAUACACUACGAAAUGAUAAAUGUUUAUUUCAACUACUGAUUGCUUCUAAUCAUCGGAAAUAAUUCAAACACCAGGUAGUUAUACUGUUGAUGAAACUACUUAUAGAUAGUCCAGCAUUGUCACAAUAAUCAUUGAAGACCUUACCUUGUCCCCAAAGACAAACCUAAAUCAUACAUACAGGCUAUAUACUGCUUAUAAAUUGGCAUAUACCAGCGUGAUGCUGUUGAAUUACAAUUCUCUUGCCUUGCAAUUUUAUUUGAACCAGCUGAGUUAGCUCCUCAAGGGUCUAUAGUACCCAUGAACACACGUGUUUUUCACGUGUCAAGGGUGUUUCAUGUGAAUAAUUUGUUUCUAAUGAGAAAAAUGAACCCAACAUUAAUGUUAAAACAUUCAAAUUUAAUAUACCAAAAUCAUAAGUAUUGCUGAAAAGGCAGGGCUGGUUGAUAUUUUCAGAUUGGUCUAAUUCAUUAAAGUACGAGCUUCGAUUCAAUGGUGGCACUCACCUCUGAAUCAGAAAGUUAAGAAUUCAUGUGUCACUGCCAAGAUUUGAGCUUGUAAUCUGGACUGGUAAGUCAAUGCAGUCCUUAAAAUCAUAAGAUGUAGAAGCAGAAGUAGGCCAUUGAGUCCAUAAAAUCCAAGAAGUGUUCCACUGUCAGAGAUGCUAUGCUAUCUUUUUCAUAACACAUGAAAGGGGUUCCAACAUGAAUUUUUGGGGAUGUACGAGUUCCAUGGGAAGAUCUAGACUGGUGAAUCAAAGACCCAUCUGCCUUCUCAGGUGAAGUUAAUAAGAUCUCAUCACUAUUUAAGAAUGCACAGGGAGGUUCUGCUGACAUUCUGCUGAAUAGCUAUUCCUCAGCCAAAAUAAUUUUCGGAAACUAACCGGUUAUUUCUCUCAUUGCUGCUUUGGGGACACGGCAGUUUCCUAUAUUUUCUUAUAAGAUGACUGCAUCUGAAAAAUACCGAAUCAUCUUUAAGCUCAUUUGAAGUUUGUGGGAAGUGUUGUAGAAAUUAAAGUUCUUUUGAUCAUUAAUAUGAAAGAAUGUAAAACUAGUCACUAAUAUGACUUGGUAAUUGCUGACACUUAUUAGAAAUAGUAAUACUGUUUAUUUUAAGAAAAUUCCUUCCUUCAUUUAAAACAAAGUAAACAUACUUUUAAAAAGUGCCAAGGAGAGAGUUUUAAAUUUGCAUGUUGGUAUCACAUGGAGUAAUCUUGAUGUCUGUUAAGCAGGGGCAGAAAUUGAAACAUGAUAAAGCUAUUUGCUCAGAAGUAUCAUUGCAGUUUCUUGAUUGUAAGUAGAAAGUAAAGGCUCCAAUAUACAAAUACUGAAUGUUGAUUAUAUUUGGAAGCAGUUGUAAAUUGUUGCUGAUGUUAUUACCUGUUAAUUAACACUGCUUUUUCUUUCUCACUGUAAGUUGUACACUGUUGCAUGCUUUGAAAAAUGUGAAUCAAUAUGAGAAUGGCUUUUAAAUUCCUAUCAUACUGCUUUGUCAAUUAUUUCCCCAUGUACUAGGAAGACGUCUGACUAGAAAUAACAUAAACAGUGUUCUUGAUACAUUUUCUGAAGAAGGGUCCUGACCCAAAACACCAACUUCCCUGCUCCCCUGAUGCUGCCUGGACUUCUGUGUUCCUCCAGCUCCACACUGUGUUAUCUCUUACUUCUUACAUUAAAUGAUGUGAUUAACAAUCAAAACAAGAUGUAACACUCAAAAAAAUGGGUGGGCUAAGUUUAGCUCAUAUUCAAAUUUUGAAAUCUGAAACAUCAUAGGAGACAUAUUAGCAAUUUUAAUGUUUCAGUGAGGCAGGCAGAUGCUAUCAAAAGUGCAGAGCAGCUUAAAUCACUGACCGGGUGGGAGGGAGAAGAAGACAUAUUCAGGGAGAAGUGCCUUUAUUACACUUCUGUUGGCCAAGAGGUGCAGGAAUACUCAUUGUCAGUGUCUCCUCCACAUUACAGGAAUUGGACACCUCACACUCCAGUUUACUUAUAAAUAGUAAGCCCUCAUUUAAAGUUGUGGUUGCAUUAUUGAAAAUCACAAAUUAAAUGAAUCGAAUUCAAGUGAAACACAGUUUCCCAUUGAAAUAUAAAGGUUAAAGCUAAACUCCCCCUGAAGAGGUCAUAAUUGACCAGCUCCAUCUGGUGGUAGAUAUUUGACUAACCUCUGCCAUUUAAAUAUAGUCUAAGACUUUGCAUGAAAGUUCAGGACAGCAAACGGGUGAAAGCAGAGGACAGGAAUAGGAGCCAUAGUGGGGUUGGGGAGGGGUAAAAUCAAGAAAGCCUGAAGACAGAGGAAGGCCAGGCAACUGAGUGCAACAGCAAAAACAUGGGGGUAAUGUUUUGAGUGCAGGUAGACCACUCAAAGUCUGCCAUGUAACUUUAACCUGAAAUCCAACAACAAACAAAUAUACUGGCAUCUUUAUUAAUGAUUUUAAGCAAAAUGACUGACUGGGUCAACCUUUAACUGGCAUUUACUGUACAGAAAUGUCACACACAGAUCAGUGCCUUCGCUUUCUAAUUUGCUCGUGUGGGUGCAUGUAAUAAAGAUCCAAAGUACUACGCUAAUAGAAUUGCUAGUUUUUCAGCUAUAUUUUCACUUUCCAUCCAAAUUAUAUUACCUUUAACUCAUUAUCUGGUGAAGUGUUUGUUUUAUAAUAAAAAUAAGCUAAGGCAAAGUAAUUAUUAUUUACUUGUACUAUUUUUAACAUAUAUUACAAGCUGAUUAAACUCUGGGAAAGUUCUCAGCUCUGCUAUUUAGUAUUUUGGCACAUCUUGUUAAUUUUUUAAUUAGCUGCAUAUUUGUUAUCUUGGAAUGUAAUUAUCAGGUUUCCGUGUAGAAAAAUAUGGAAUCUGUCAUCAAUGUUACACCUAAGGCAUCUUUAGAAUUAACAUGUUUACCGCUCAUAUUUCCAUCUGGGUAAAGUAUAGGUGAAAUGUUUGUUCAUAGAAUUAAGGUACCUGGAGCAGAAACAUAAUUAGGAAGCUUUAUUCUCAAAACUGUUUGGGACCUCACUGUUCCUUUAGCCUUAACAUUUUCUUCAGAGCACUAUUUGUCCCUGAAUUUGUUUUAGCUCUGAAAUUCAGAUUAACUGUAAUAAUUUUGAAAUCCGUAAAAUAACAAAAACUUCUCAGCAGUUGGAGCCUAAAUUUAUUCUGUUAAGAGGAUUUGAAGAGUAGCUUCAAUUAAUCCUUUGAAGACCCUGGAACCCUUUCAGUCUCAAAACAGAAGUGAUAUUGAAUAAACCAGGAAUUGUUUGACGUGCUUAUUGUGAUUUUAUUGUGUCUAUAUGCCUCAAACUUGCAUAGCCAUUAGGAACAUUUUUUAAAUCAUUCACGUGAAAAGGUACAUACCAAAUCCAAUUUAUGUUUCCUAAAUGCAAGUAUCUUGCAACCUCACUCUUAAGUUUGAUUGUGAUUUGUAGAAGUUAGGCUCAUGUGUUUUUUCUUCUAAACCAAUUUUGUCCCCAGUGCCGUGUUCCUGAAAACAUCUCAACUUUAUUUUAAAAAGUGCUUUUAGAUCAUUGCUGUUCAUCUCCAUUACCCAUAGCUGUAAUAUUGCCCUACCCUUGUCACUUAAUUGACUUCUCGUGUUAUUGCACCCUUUUCCCAAAGCAGUACCAGAAAUGUUUUGGGAUUCCUGGUUUUAUCUUUCUCAUUUGACUAAAUGUAGGUUAAGCUCACUCCGAUUUUGUUUAUCAUGUGCAACAUAAACUUUUAAGUUUGCAGGAGCAACCUCAGCUCUCUGAGCUGCAAAACUGGGCAUUUAUAUAUGACAGUGUACUUCUGUUAAUAUUUAUAUGAGCAGAUCUCCACCUUCUAAUAAUUGGCUGGGCAACAGAAGUUGUAACUGUAUAAGGAAGGCCAGUCUAAUAGACUGAUUUACUCCAUAUCAGCUUGUUAUAGUAAGAGCUUAAAGUGAAUAAAUGGACAAGGAGAUCUUGGUAUACAGGUCACUAAUCGUCACAGUGCAACAAGGUGCACUGUAACAAGAAAAUGGAAUCCUUAAUUUCAUACUUAGAGGUAGAGAGGACAAAAAUAAUGCUCAGAUUGUGCAACGGCACACCAGUUGUUUAACAAUUUUGGCCUCUGCUUUAUUAGAGGUAUUAAACCAAUACAGGAAGAUGAUAGCAUGGUGGUAGUGUACCUAGACUAAUAAUCCAAAGGCCCAGCACUCUGAGGACAUUGUGUAACAUUCCACCACAAAGCUGGAAAUUUAAUUCAACUAAUUUUUUAAAAAAAGGAAACAAGAUUACUUGAGAAAAGUGAAAUAUUAAAGGGUUUGAGGUAGGGGGAGAACAGGACACUAGGUAAUUCAUGAAAAACAGUGCUGUAAAUAAAACAGGGGUGAAAGACCCUGUUCUAUGAUCUAGAAUUCUUUGGCCAGCAAGCAUUUUUAUAUUUUAAGUAAUACCUAAGUUAUACAUACUUAAUGGACAUGUAGGCACUUGUUUCUCAAUGGUAAUUUAAGUCGCCAGAACAGAUAUUGCAAAAAGUAAAAUAUGGGAUAAAGCUUGCCGUAGCCUGAAUGAAAGCCAACACAACUACUGAUAUUUUCAAUUCCUGAGUCUUUCCAUCCUGUGCUGGGUAGGAUUUCUGCUGUAAAUCAUUAAAACUAAGCCUAUUUUACACACAACCCUUUAGAGUGAACAGUGAAAGGUUAUAGCCUGGACAUUGGCCUGUUUCAAGGCUGUUCCUAAUUUAAAGAUGGCUCUGCAACAUUUUAUCUUAGUAUAUGUAUGUAUUGAAAACAACUGAUUUAGAUAUAACAAAACAUAAUGAAUUCUUUGUGAUCAAUGCUUUUGAUUUAUAGAUAUUUCCCUCAAAAUUGAAAAAGUUGUGUAACAGCCAAGGUAUGAGAUAUGAAUGCAACUGAAGUGAAGGGUUUUUUACAUGCAGUUAGCAGAGAACAGAUCUAUAGCCUCACUGUAUUUUUAAAUUAUGAGCAGUGUAGGUGCAAAGGCAAUGGAGCCAGAGUCCAUAGAAUCUCUCCAGUGUGAAAGCAGCAAUUCAGCCCAGAGUCUAUGCCAACCCUCCAAAGAUCAGACCACCCCAUCACCCUCUCCCUGCAGUUCCCCAAGGCUAAUCCAUCUACCCUACACACUAUGGACAAUUUAGAUCAUAGAAUCCCUACAGUGUGGAAACAGGCCCUUCAGCCCAACAAGUCCCCACUGACCCUCAGAGCAUCCCACCCAGAUCCAUCCCCUUAUAACCCACCUCAUCUACACAUCCCUGAAAACUACAGGUAAUUUAGCAUGGGCAAUCCACCUAUCCUGCACAUCUUUAGACCAGGGAGGAAACCAGAACACCUGAAGGAAACCCACGCAGACACAGGGAGAAUGUGCAAACUCCACAUGAACAGUUGCCCAAGGGUAAUUGAACUCGGGUUCCUGGUGCUGUGAGGUAGCAGUGCUAACCACUGAGCCACCGUGCUGAGUUGAAGGAGUUAGAGAAAGCAUAAAGAUUAAAGGUAAUAGACAACAGGAGCUGUUGGACCAAAUACUGACAACCAUGUGACAGCAGUCACUUGGUGUUGAGAAGCCAAUCUAUAGUUGAAAAUGUCAGGCAAAAAAAAUUCAAGCCCAAUCAUAGGCUAACCCUAACCCUAUCAUAGUACUUCAGAAAAUCCUUAGAAACAUGAAUGCAUUUAAAAUAUAAAAUGUUCAAAUGCACAGCUAUGCAGAAAUGGUGGCAUAGGGUUAUGAAUGUACAACAGUCUUUGGGAAUGCUUAUUAGUUAGUCACCUACUAGUGCUGAAGAGUAUAAAAGCUAAUUAUUUAAAACAAACAUUUUAAUUAUUUUGACAUGUCUGCAGCAGGAAUUUUAACAUAUAAAAAAAUGACUAUUUAAUGAGGGCUUGAUUCCAAUGGCAGCUGCCCCAAACCAGCUCUGUUGCGGUGAAACAUAGGAUAGUAUUGAGGCAGUUAUAUUCUAUUCUGUCUUUGGUUUUAUUUUACUCAUUUCACAUCCCACAAACACUAUACAAUGCAAAACAGAGAAACCCAUGUAGCAUUUGGAUGUGAUGACUGUCAGAUUUCUAUAUUUUUGCGUCUUGGAAAUUCCAUAAUUCUUGAGAUAUUACAAAUUAUGUUCAUUGCUCAUUAACUUUUCCAGUUUGUUGAAUGGUCUCACUACAGCCCCCCACUUUUAUGCAAAUACUAAUUACUGGAAUAAAUUUAUUCCCACAUGUAUUUGGAAUCCUUGUUCAUUUGCAGUAAGUAUAUGUUUCUUCUGAAAUGGUACUGCACAGCUCAAAGAGUUAAUCUUUUCAAAAUUUGUGAUAUAUAUUAGCAUAUUUGAAGUAACUGAAGUGUUAAUAUAUGUAUUUGUAUUUUGUGGGAUCAGAUUGGUUCUAAUAAAGUGAUGUAUUUGAUUCUUAUUGUAAAGAACCUUAUAAGAGACUAGAACUUGUUGUAAUGAGAUUUAAGAUGAAGGGGGAGUUCCAUAACCUUACAUAAAAUGAAAAUCAGAAGUCAGGAAUCAGAUGAAAGCUGUCUAAUCAGUUAAUGUUUUAAGUGAGCUUUAUGUUUUAAAAAGACAGUGUAACAAAAACAUGUUACUAUGUUAAACGUAUUUCCACCUAUUUCCAUAAACAAUGUUUUCAGUGAUUUUAAUGUUUUAUUUAAAAAUUAUGUACGUAAUUUUAUUCUUGCAAGAAUUUUUAUGAAUGGAAAUUAUAUUUACCCUUCAACUGAGUCCCAUAAGCAUUCCACCAUAUGACUGAUUUCAAACCAAGCCAAUUACAAAGCAAAUGUAUUUCAAAAUAAACAAUAAUAUAUUUAUAUUUCUUGUAAUGUUUUGAUCAAUGUAAAUGUUAUUCUGCUGUUGUUAAUUAAAAUAUGAGAUAAUGUACAACAAUCAGGAAUAAAGUG